CCAGAUUGAGUACAUUUAACCAAUCUUCUGGUUGAUCUACUAGCUAAGUAGGGCAUGCUAACCAUAUGUCUAUAGAACGAUGCCGCAUGAUCUUUCUUUCGUGACCUCUUGAUCUAUAUAUCCUUUUCCGUAGGGUUGACUGACUUUUGUGUAGACGCCCAUCAAGCCAUGUCACAAGCAUUGGUGGAGCAGGUGGAGCAACUCGAGAAACUGGAGGAGUAAAUGAUGACGUCGCAUUGCGGUCCGCAAGCAUAAAGGUUCUUAGACGACCACCAUUGGAUAAGACCAGCCUCCACAAUCAUCAGGCCCUGGUCGCCAGUACGCAUGGCGUCGCCUUUUACUACUCUCCCGCCUGAACUCCUGCUCCACGUCUUCUCACUGGCCUCUAGUCACCGCCCCACUGCUGUAGCACUAUCGCUUGUCUCGCAUUGGGUGCGCAAUCAUGUCGAACGCAACCUUUACCACACAGUCUCCCUUUCAUCCAGUCGCUCCCUCUUAGCAUUUAUCGCUAGCCUCAACUCCAAACCGCAUGCCUUUGCGCAUAAUCUGGUGAAGAGGUUGAGCAUCACCGCACUGGGUCCCAUCAGCAAUAUAGACGAGGUGCUGAAAAAGUGCACUGGCGUCACAAGUCUCGUUUGUGGAUUUUCUGUGCCUUCAUACCUCCACUGCGCCCGGAACUUAAAGCAGCCCAUCGCGCCACCAGAAAUCACGACAUUUCGCCUUCCUAUUGCACCCCACGAACAACUCCUAAUAGCUCUCGCUUGUCGAGAUGGCAUCGAUAUGUCCAUCAUCUCUCCUCUAGUCACCCAUCUCAGAUUCCAACUAACGCCUGCUACGACGUCCGAGAGCAUGGCUCGUCUUCGAGAACUAUCUUAUCUCACGCAUCUGGCGAUUACAUAUAGGCACGGGUUGCAUGGAAAUGUUAACUCCAUCAAGGAGAUGAUCAAACCUGUUUUGGAGGAAGGAAGACUGAAGGUUCUCGUCAUUCAUGCACACCGCAAAGAGAUCGAAGAGUGGCGUACUGGUUCUGAUUCUACCCUCGAGGUCAUUGAUAGUACCUCUACUAGUACGCAGAAGUGCCUUGGGUGCCGUCCCCAUACCCUAAUCAUAGCGAAGCGUGCCGCGGCUGCUGUCCUCCCUCAAUGGGAACAGGGGGUUGACAUAUGGGAUGUCAGCUUCACAUGAUAUUGUUCAUAGUGAGUUCACAUCAUUGUAAUAAUUCUGUCAGUCCAUCACGUACCAAUGCUGG